AUGAAGCUAUUUUCACCACUAUUGAUACUUGGGGCUGUCUUCUUCGCCGAUGUAUUAGCAGCCCCAAGUCCCUGUCCUCUAGUUGGGCCCGCCUUUCCAUGGCCUACGCCAAGCUCAACAAACAAACGUCUUGAUACGGCGGGAAAGAAGCUUUCUGCUCUUCUCGAGCCAAUUUUCAAAGCUGCUAAUGGAUCUACAAACUCCAUCGCUGUUCAGGCCUUCGAUACAUUCAAUGACAGCCCAUUAUUUCAAUGGUCAUAUACAGCUGACAAUCUCGAUACCAACUUGGGUGUUAGUCAUGUUGAUCAAAACUCCGUGUUUCGCGUUGGAAGCGUUUCUAAGCUAUGGGCUAUGUAUCUGUUCCUUGCGGAGGCGGGCAUGGAUACACUUUCGGAUCCAAUUGUGAAAUACGUCCCUGAGUUGCAAUCAGCCGUCUCGGGUGAUGCAAUUAAUUCCGUGCAAUGGGCGAAUGUGACGGUUGGGGAGUUGGCGAGUCACUUAGCUGGCGUUGGGAGAGACUAUGGCGUCCUUGAUCUUGCAGGGAACCCGUCAAUGACCCAAAUGGGAUUUCCGGUGCUACAACCGGAUGAAGUACCACCUUGCGGAAAUCCUGUACCUUGUAAUAGGACACAGUUCUUUACCGGACUUCUCCAAAGGCAUCCUACGUUUCCCAUAUCUGCGACCCCGGUAUAUUCGAAUGCUGCAUUUCAGAUUCUCGGAUAUGCUCUAGAGACAAUAAAAAAUGAUACUUUUGAGAACCUUUUUGAGAGUCAGAUCGUGGGAGCCCUAAACCUCAGUCACACUUUCUACACCGCACCGAGCCCGUCACUUGGAGUCAUUCCACAAGGCCAAGGUUCAAAUUUCUGGAAUAUGGAUUUGGGUGAUGAGAACCCAGCUGGUGGAAUUUACUCCUCUGCCAAUGACAUGGCAGCUCUUGGCCGUGCAAUUCUGAACAGCACCCUUACAGAUCCUCUCACAACAAGACGAUGGAUGAAACCUCAUUCUCACACAUCUUCCCUCGCCUACGCAGUCGGAGCCCCGUGGGAAAUUAUAUCUUUUCCCGCGCCCCGCUUAAUUGACCUCUACACAAAGUCCGGAGAUAUCGGGACCUAUUCUUCAAUCCUUGCAUUAUCUCCAGACCAUGGUGUUGGCUUCACAAUUCUUGUCGCAGGUACCGGCGGCCACGCUGUCGUUGCAAUGGUUGCCGACCUAGUGGCACAAACCAUACUGCCUGCACUAGAGUACAUCGCCAAGGAUCAAGCGCGCGUCCGAUUCGCAGGGGCUUACUCGGCGCCUAACGGGGUGGUCAAUUCUUCCAUUUCAAUUAUCACGGACGGCGGGCCCGGUCUGAGAGUCACCAAUUGGACCAGUAACUCGACGGAUAUGUUUCAAUCACUUGCGACAUUACGCGGCGCGAAUGAUACUUCUCAAAUCACCAUUCGGUUAUACCCCACCGGUCUCGAGACUCCUGGGAAUAUCUCGUUCCGGGCGUUGAUUCCGCCAGAUCUGGGUUUGGCGCCUAUUGGACCUUUUACUGGUUCCUGCAUUACCUGGGUCACUGUUGACUCGUACAUAUAUGGGGGUGUUGGUCUGGAUGAAUUUGUCUUUACGUUGGAUGAAAAUCUGAGUGCUACUAGUGUAUCGCCUCGGGUGUUACGUAUCGACUUGCAGAGACAAUAUAGGACUAGUGCAUGA